AUGUUACAUAAAAUAGCUAAUGGUAAAAAGGAAAGAUCUGGACUAUCAGUAACGAAAAAACAAUUAAACACACUGGCUAUACGGUUUAUACAUCAAACACCAACAUCAAUGAAAACAAAAUCUAUUACUGGACCUUCUGCUUUAUCGUCUUCUAUCUCAAGCAACAAAACAAAUACCAAUAGAACAAUGAAAAUUAAAGUCUUUUCCUAUGGUAACCUUACAAGUAUUGAUAACAAAAAUACCCAUAGCACCACUAAAAUCUCAGGAAGUUCUAAUAAGAAAAAUUCUCUUAAGAAAGAUGGUACUUCAAAUCCUCCACUUGUUUAUAUUAACAACAAAAGCCGUCCUAAAAUAUGUCAUGUGAAUAAAAUUAGCAAGGAAGGGAGAAAUCAGCCAUCACCAAUGUUUGUCAAACGGAAAAAUACACAAAAAAAUGAGCCUAGUCAAGAGUCAAUAAAUAUUCAUAAUAAAAAUUCUAAUACGCUGAAAAAGAAAAUAUCACAAACGGUAAAUCAAAAACAAAUAAAAGAUCGCGAUGCUUUGUUAAAAGAAUUAGAACAUAUUAUUGCCGAUCAAACAACAGAAAAAACAUCUCAGCUUCUCAAAAUUCUGCGUUCUUGUCAUCAUUUUAUCAAAAAUACAGACGUUAAUUUAUCCAAUCAAAGGAAACCCAACUAA